AUGGGCAAAAAGCGAGUUAUUCUCUUAGUUGGUUAUAACGGCCGUAACUAUCAUGGCAGUCAGCUUAAUAAGGAUGAAAAGACCGUUGAGAAACAGAUUUGUGAUGAAGUAGCUGCCGCCGGGUAUUUCCAUGCACGGAACUGUGAAGACUACUCUAAAGCCGGAUUACAAAGAGCCUCUCGGACUGAUAAAGGUGUUCAUGCCGCUAUGCUCCUUCUUUCCUUCAAGAUAGAGACUGGUUCAGAUCGAUCAACAGAUAAACUUAAAAACAUCCUUAAAUCGGCCUUAUCUCCUCAUGAUAUUGUUGUUCACGAUCUACUAGAAACCACUAAAGGCUUUGAGGCUAAAAACAAGUGUGACUCUCGGGUUUAUGAGUAUUUUGUCCCGAAGGGUGUUUACUUAGGUCCAGAUGAGUCUGAAACCGUUCAGGAGCAGAAGGAAGAAGUCUUUCGCCAUCUACUUAGUCAAAUGCAAGGCACUCAUGAUUUUCACAACUUUACUCUACUUAAUCAGGAGAAGGGAACCAGUCGGUUUAUUAAAAGUAUUACAGUGACGGACUUCUCCUUAGCCGGCCGAUCUUGGCACCGCCUAACUAUUCAUGGCCAAAGCUUUAUGAUUCACCAGAUUAGGAAGAUGGUUGGUUUUGCCCUGCUGGUUGCCCGGCAUAUGACCGAUUUAAAAGCGGCUGAACAAGCUUUAAGUCUUGCCUUUGCUAAGCCUAGAAGGAAUAUUCCUAAAGCCCCGGCUGCUCUUCUUCUUCUCUCCCACGGUCUGUUCACUAACUACAAUGCCCGUUACGGCUCAACCCAUGGUGAAAUCAAUCCGAGUAUUGCCGAGUCUUAUAAAGAAGAAGUCCUUUAUCCGUUGAUCUGCACGCAAGAGCAUGCUGCUCUCUUCAAUGACUGGUAUGAGUGUCUAGCUGCACAUCCAGAAGAGUUUACCUAUGCCACGACUCCUAACCAUUCGGAAUAA